GGCCAGCGGGAGCAUGCGCACUCUCCGCUGGGAAAAUCAAUAGGAUGGAUAGAGCACUUGCGGCGCGCAGAGCAUUGUGGACCUUUUGACCGCUAUUAGUCCACAGCCUUGGGGUUCAGAAGGCGGGGAUUUGCGGACAGACGCUAAAGAGACGGCGCUGUCACCUUGUCCACUGAGACCCGCUCGUUGUCGCACCCCGAGACAUGGAAGCGAAGGGACCCGCUCAUUGCGUGGAGAAGCCGUACACGUGCUCCGUGUGUGGGCGAGGCUUCAGCCGGGCGUCCGGCCUGUCGAGGCACAGGCACAGCCACGCCGGGGAGAAACCGUGCAAGUGUGGAGAUUGUGGGAAGGGCUUCAGUUACCCUUUCGAACUCGAGAUCCACCGGCGCAGCCACACCGGGGAGAGGCCGUUCACCUGCUCCGUGUGCGCCAAAGGAUUCACGCAUUUCUCCGCCCUGUUGAAGCAUCGGCGGGUUCACACCGACGAGAGACCUUUCAACUGCCCAGACUGUGACAAGUGCUACAAGAGCUCGGGGGAACUAACGUGCCACCAGCGUAUUCACACCGACGAGAGGCCGUUCAGGUGCUCUCACUGCGGGACCGGCUUCAGGCGAUCAUCUGACCUCACGGUGCACCAGCGCACACAUACCGGGGAGAGGCCGUUCACCUGCUCGGAGUGCGGGAAGGGAUUCCCUCAGUCCUCCCAGCUCACGGCUCACCAACUGGUUCACACCAACCAGCGGCCCUUCAAAUGUUCCGACUGUGAGAAGAGCUUUAAGAGCAAGAAGGUGUUGAUCACGCACCAGCAAGUUCACACCGGGGAGUGGCCGUUCAUCUGCUCCGUGUGUGGGAAGGGAUUUGCCCGUUCCUCCCACCUCCAGAAGCACCAACGAGUUCACACCGGUGAGAGACCCUUCUUCUGCUCUGUGUGUGGAAAAGGAUUUGCUCAGUCAUCCACACUGCUGAGGCACCAGCGAGUUCACAAGUGAUUGCUGAGGUUGGAUUCUGCUGCUGUUGUCCCAAGGAAUGAUUGCUGUCCACUGUAUUUUUUUCAUCUUCUAAUAUUCCUGGCCUGGAAUCAAAUAUAACAGAACACAAAGUGCUGGAGUACAAACUCAGCGGAUCAGGCAUCAUCUCUGGAGAACAGGUGAAGUGUCAGGUUGGGA